AUGAAGUUUCUUGUGCUGCUGUCCAUUGUCGUUCUCAAGUCCGCCUUAGCGCUGAACACUAACUUCCGCAACCGUAAGCGCGACCUCCCUUCCAGGAGCAUCAGCGUCAAUGAUACGGAUGUCGAGACAUACCUUCAACAUGACAUCUCUACAGAGUUCCGCGACAUUGUGAGGAGGGACAUCGCUGACAAGACCGACGAGCUCAUCAGCCUCAUCGUUAAGGAUGUCGAGAAGCUCAUCGAGCAGAACGACAUGGUCCGCCCCGUGUUCCUCGAGAACGCUUUGAAGGAAAACGCCAAGAGGAUGAUCAAGUCCGGUGUCAUUUCCAUCGUCAAGCACAUGGUGCCCGUGUUCGAGCGCUGGAUCGUGGAGGCCAUCAAGCCCCCGGUCACAUCCGGCAUGGUCUACACCGCCCUCGUCAAGCCCAUCGGCAAGAGCAUCUUCGACCAGCUCUACCACAAGUUCAACCUGCCCACCUCGAAGAUCUGGGACAAGUACGACGACAACAUCGACAUGAGCUUCGAUGAGGCCGAGGAGGAUGCCGAGGGUGAGACUGAUGUUAUCUAA